GGGGGGACCCGGCGGGAGGCGGGGUUGCUGGGAGGGCCCUGGGCCGCCCCCUUCCGCCCUCUGCACGCCCUGCCCGCCCACCAGGAGCUCCAGACUCGAGGCAAAACCCGGCGGUGCUCCCAGAGCGCUCUGCGUGCUCCACGCGGUGCUUCUACCUGUGGAGCCCGGGGGGUUGGGGGCGCCCCUUCCCGGACACCUAUCCCAGCUUCUCCUUCGAAAACCUCCCGCCCAGCCACCCGCAUCUCGGAUAGGCGGCGCUGGGACCCCAGGACGCGGCGCCAGGCUCGCAGCUGGUGACAUGUAGACUCCCUCCUCUUUCCCCCGCGGCGGUCCAGCCUCGGAACCUGGGCGCCCUCCUGCCCGGAAAGUUUGGGGUUGGGUGCCAUGGCCAAAAGCAGCUCCCUGAAUAUCCGCGUGGUGGAGGGCCGGGCGCUGCCUGCCAAGGACGUGUCUGGGAGCAGCGACCCCUAUUGCAUAGUGAAAGUGGACGACGAGGUGGUGGCCAGGACAGCAACUGUCUGGAGGAGCCUGAGCCCCUUCUGGGGGGAGGAGUACACGGUGCACCUGCCCCUGGAUUUCCACCACCUGGCCUUCUACGUGCUGGACGAGGAUACGGUGGGACACGACGACAUCAUCGGCAAGAUCUCGCUGAGCAGGGAGGCAAUUGCCGUGGACCCCCGAGGAAUUGACAGCUGGAUUAACCUGAGCCGCGUGGACCCGGAUGCGGAGGUGCAGGGUGAGGUCCACCUGGCCGUGCAGAUGCAGGAGGACGCACAGGGCCGCUGCCUUCGCUGCCAUGUGCUCAAGGCCAGGGACCUGGCCCCCCGAGACCUCUCCGGUACCUCUGACCCAUUUGCACGCGUAUUUUGGGGCAGCCAGACCUUGGAGACAUCGAUCAUCAAGAAGACUCGCUUCCCACACUGGGACGAGGUGCUGGAGCUGCGGGAGACUCCGGGCGCCCCUUCCCCGCUGCGGGUGGAGCUCUGGGACUGGGACAUGGUGGGCAAGGACGACUUCCUGGGCAUGGUGGAGUUCCCCCCGAAGGUCCUGCAGCAGAACCCACCCAAUGGCUGGUUCCGUCUCCUGCCCUUUCCCGGAGCUGAGGAGGGUUCUGGGGGGAGCCUGGGCGCUCUGCGGCUGAAGGUGCGGCUCGUCGAGGACCGCGUCCUGCCCUCUCGGUGCUACCAGCCACUCCUGCAGCUGCUCAUGGAGUCCGCCCUGGGGCCGGCAGAGGAGGACUUUUCUAGCCCCCUGGCUGUGCUGGAGGAGCUGACCCUGGGGGACUGCCGCCAGGACCUCGCCACCAAGCUGGUGAAGCUCUAUUUUGGCCAGGGGCUGGCUGGGCCUUUUCUGGACUAUCUCACCCGGCGUGAGCUGGCGCGGACCACCGACCCCAACACCCUCUUUCGCUCCAACUCCCUGGCAUCCAAGUCAAUGGAGCAGUUCAUGAAGCUCGUGGGCAUGCCCUAUCUGCACGAGGUCCUGAAGCCGGUGAUUAGCCGAGUCUUCGAAGAGAAGAAGUACAUCGAGCUGGACCCAUGCAAGAUGGACCUGGGCCGCACCAAGAGGCUCUCCUUCAAGGGCACAUCCUCGGAGGAGCACGUGCGGGAGGCCAGCCUGGGGCUGCUGACCGGCUACCUGGGGCCCAUCGUGGAUGCCAUCGUGGGCUCCGUGGGGCGCUGCCCGCCGGCCAUGCGCCGGGCCUUCAAGCAGCUGCACCGGCGUGUGGAAGAGCGCUUCCCGCGGGCGGAGCACAAGGACGUGAAGUACCUGGCCAUAAGCGGCUUUCUCUUCCUGCGCUUCUUCGCGCCCGCCAUCCUCACCCCGAAGCUGUUCGACCUCCGGGACCAGCACGCAGACCCCCAGACCAGCCGCUCACUGCUGCUGCUUGCCAAGGCCGUGCAGAGCCUCGGAAACCUGGGCCAGCAGCUGGGCCAGGGCAAGGAGCUGUGGAUGGCCCCCCUGCACCCCUUCCUUCUGCAGAGCAUCUCAUGUGUGAGAGACUUCCUGGACCGGCUGGUGGAUGUGGAGGGGGAGGAGGAAGCUGGGGGCCCAGCCAAGGCCCUGGUCGCGCCCUCGGUGCCCGUCCGAGAAGGCUACCUGCUGAAGCGCAAGGAGGAGGCGCCCGCCAGUCUGGCCACGUGCUUUGCCUUCAAGAAGCGUUACUUCUGGCUCAGCGGGGAGACCCUCUCCUACUCCAAGAGUCCCGAGUGGCAGACGCGUUCCUCCAUCCCGGUGUCCCACAUCCGCGCGGUGGAGCGCGUGGAGGAAGGCGCCUUCCAGCUGCCGCACGUGAUGCAGGUGGUGACGCAGGACGGCUCGGGGCCCCUGCACACCACCUACCUGCAGUGCAAGAACGUGAACGACCUCAACCAAUGGCUGUCGGCCCUGCGCAAGGCCAGCGCCCCCAAUCCCGACAAGCUGGCCUCCUGCCACGCGGGUGCUUUCCGCAGCUCGCGCUGGACCUGCUGCCUCCAGGCGGAGCGCUCAGCUGCUGGUUGCAGCCGCACACACUCGGCCGUCACCCUGGGGGACUGGAGGGACCCCCUGGAUCCCGACGCUGAGACCCAGAUGGUGUAUCGGCAGCUGCUCCUGGGGCGGGACCAGCUCAGGAUGAAGCUCCUGGGGGACUGCAGCAUGGACACCAGCCCGGAGGAGGACGCGGGGAAGGACUCCGGUUCCAUGGAAGGGACCUGUCCUGAGGCCCUGGACCGGCAGAGAGAAGCAGCUGGCCGCCUGCUGGAGGUGCUCGAAGACCUGGACAGAGCCCAUGAGGACUUCCAGUGGCAGGAGCAGGGGAAGGUGGCCCCAGGUCCCCUCAGGCCCUGAGGAAACGCCACAGGCAGCCUGGGAGGAAGAGUAAGGAGCCGUCGGACCUGUCUCAGAGUGCCCUGGCCCCGGAGUCUCCUCCUGGCUGUGCUGUACCUCACUGAUGCUGUGACUGGGGGCUGCCGGAGACUGCCCAGCCCCGUGUGCUCCAGGUCCCAACGCCGAGGCAUGGGCGCAGGGGCCAGCCUUGCACUGACCGAGUCUCACCCUGGGCUGAGGCAGACCGAAGUGACCGGGGUGAGGAGCCCGACUCUCCUGGCUCAGCCCGAGGUUGCUGCUUCCCAGGACUGGCCUCCCCCCACGCCGAGGCGGCCAGCCUGACCUUGAGCUGCUGGAUACAGCUGUAACUACAUCCCCAGUGCCCGUGUGGCCUUGCUGCCCCUGACAAGCACUAAACCUACUCAGCCCUG